UGAUCCCUGUAUACAGGCCUCUGUGAUGCAGGAUUAGUGGUAGACUGUCAGGAACCGGCCCCAGGAAGUGGGGAUGUUGUUUGUGACAUGAUGAGGCAUCUUAUCUGGGGAGUUGAUACCUGGACAUGACCUACUAAUGGAGGGGAAAAUUCCUAACAUCUCUUCCACAUAGAUACAAUGGAAUUCUUAUCUUACCAACCCUGAUUUACUUUAUUACUGUUUUAUUAUUCUCCGUGUAAGACUUGGGUUUUUUUCUGCUUCCAUUCAUUUCUCUAGGAUCAAUAGCUGUUGGCUUUUCCCUGGGUUGUGACUCACUGCUUACAAAGUUGACUGCAUUUGUAUAUAGAAAACUCACAUUCAUUCAUGAAAUAGGAACAUUUGGUUUCUUUCAUUGACAGCUGUUUCAGGUAAUGGAUCAAUAAAAACUGAAAACUUGAGGAGGAGAAUAUCUGAAAUAUUUAAAUUUGGUUACCAUGGAGAAUGAACUUCACAAGCGGGAUCAUACUGGAGUCCAGGACUUUGUUUUACUGGAGGACUUUACCAAUCCUGAGGCUUUCGUGGAAAAUCUGAGGAAGAGAUUCAAUGCUAAUCUCAUAUAUACCUACAUUGGACCAGUGCUUGUGUCCGUGAAUCCCUACCAGAAUUUUGACAUUUAUAAUGAGGAAUAUGUACAGAUCUACAGAAAUGUCAACUUUUACGAGCUCCCACCUCAUAUAUUUGCCAUUGCCGAUGCAGCAUACAGGUCAAUGCGCGGGGAAAACCGAAAUCACUGUGUCUUGAUUUCUGGUGAAUCCGGGGCCGGGAAAACUGAGGCAUCCAAAAAAAUCCUGCAAUACAUCGCGGCCAGCUCCAAACACAUGAGAGAUGUGGAGCAAGUCAAAGAUCGACUGCUGCAGUCAAAUCCCAUACUGGAGGCGUUUGGGAAUGCAAAAACCAACAGGAAUGACAAUUCUAGUAGAUUUGGAAAAUAUAUGGACAUUCAGUUUGACUUCAAGGGAGUUCCUGUGGGAGGUCACAUUCUGAACUAUUUACUGGAGAAAUCCCGAGUUUGCCACCACUCUGAUGGGGAACGUAACUUUCACAUCUUCUAUCAGCUGAUCGCAGGGGGAACCCCCUUACUGCUGAGUAAACUCAGGCUGACCAAGGACGCUGAAAAGUACCAUUAUCUGACACAGGGCAAGAGUGUUCGAGUGGAUGCAUUAAAUGACCACAAAGACUUUAACCAUGUUAAACAUGCACUGGAUGUCUGUGACUUCACAGCUCAGGAACAAGAGGCCUUGUUUUCCAUUGUGGCCUCAGUUCUACAUCUGGGAAACAUUCGGUUUGAGGAAAAUGAUGACGGACUGGCUAAUAUUACAGAUUUCUCUCCAGUGGAAAAUAUAUCACAGCUGCUGGGAUGUCCAGAGGGUGUGUUACAAUCAGCUCUACAGAAUAGGACCAUCGAGGCUAAAGGAGAAAAGAUGAAAUCCCCACUAAACAAGGACCAAGCCCUGUACGCCCGAGAUGCCCUUGCCAAGGGAGUUUAUGACAGACUAUUUACUUGGAUUGUUAAGAAAGUCAACGACUCAUUAAACAGCAGGAAGCGAAUGAAAUGCAGUCUGAUGGGUAUUUUAGACAUCUAUGGCUUUGAGAUAUUCGGAGUGAACAGCUUUGAACAGUUCUGUAUUAAUUACUGUAACGAGAAACUACAACAACUCUUUAUCGAACUGACGCUCAAAUCUGAACAGGAGGAGUAUCAAAGGGAGGGAAUCGCUUGGGAGAAAGUGGAUUAUUUCAACAACAAAAUCAUCUGUGACCUUGUAGAGGGGAAACCUGUAGGAAUCAUUGCUAUCAUGGAUGAGGAAUGUUUGCGGCCAGGUGAGCCAACCGACGGGACGUUUUUAGAGAAACUGAACCUGAAUCUGGGUCAGCACCCUCACUAUGUCAGCCAUUCCUCCGCGACAGACGUAACCGCUCGCAAGUCCAUCGGCCGAGACGAAUUCCGUCUUCUACAUUUUGCGGGUCAGGUCACCUACAGCAUACAAGGAUUCCUCGACAAAAACAAUGACACAUUAUUUAGAGAUCUGAAAGAGGCGAUGAGCCAGACCUCUAACAAGAUCACCAGUCAGUGUUUCCCUCAGGCAGAAUUACAGAAUAAAAAGAGACCAAACACGGCCGCCACACAGUUCAAGACCAGCCUGGCUCAACUUAUGGAGAUCCUGAUGUCUAAAGAGCCCUCAUAUGUCAGGUGUAUCAAGCCCAAUGAUUACAAAAGAUCAGAUCAAUUUGAUGACCAGAUUGUCCACCAUCAGGUGAAGUACCUUGGUCUGAUGGAGAACCUUAGAGUCAGGAGAGCUGGAUUUGCUUAUAGAAGGCCGUACGAAAUAUUUCUCAACAGGUACAAGAGCCUCUGUCCGUCCACCUGGCCUCACUUUGAUGGGACGGCCAAGGAAGGGGUGGAGGUCUUAGUUAACCACCUACAGUACAGCAAUGAUGACUACAGACUGGGAAAAACAAAGUUGUUUAUCAGGUUUCCUCGGGUUCUAUUUGCCACAGAAGACGCCUUCCAAUUACGCAAGCAUGAUUUAGCCACUAUGGUGCAGGCUCGCUACCGAGGGUUUGCUCAGAAGAAGAAGUUCCAGACGUGGAAGUUGUCUGCGAUCCGACUACAGAGUCACUGGAGACGCGUCGCCGCUCAGAGACUACUGAGGAGACGGAAACAGGCAGCGGAGAGAGUCCGAGGAUUCAUCAAAGGAUUCAUUCAUCGCCUGGAGCCCGAGUGUGACGAAAACAAGCACUUUAUCCAGUACACCAAAUAUAACUAUCUGACGAAACUGAAAAAUCAACUCCCCAAAAACGUCCUGGACAAACACUGGCCCCCCGCCCCACAGUUAUUAAAGGAGACCUCUGAAUUGUUACGAGACCUAUGUAUGAGAAACCUUACUCUCAGUUAUGUGAAAUCCAUUACACCUGCUCGGAAGGCACUGAUGGAAGAGAAGGUCGUAGCUGAGUCCUUGUUCAGAGGAAAGAAAGAGAGCUACUCCAAAAGUGUGGCAGAAAUGUUUGCCGAGACCCGUCUAGACAGCACACAACAAGACAUGCUCUGUAGCACAUUUGACUCUAAGAUUAAAGAACCAGGUGAAAAAGUCCAGUAUUCAGCACCUGUUACCAAGUUUGAUCGCCAUGGUUACAAGUCCAGGAAGAGGCUACUAGUGUUAACAGACAAACAUCUGUACUUACUGGACGAGAAAUCAGAUCUGGUGAAGGACAAAUUACCUUUCCAACAGAUCACAGGCCUCCUCACCAGCAGUCUCAGUGACGGUCUGUUUGUUAUCACAAUCAACAUGGACGACAACGGCAGCAAGGAAAAUAUAGAUGGACCUUUGGAUUCUAAGGGAGACUUGAUAUUACACUCUGACAGAGUUAUAGAACUUGUUACUAAAACGGUCAUCCAUGGAAAGAAGUCAGAGGCCUUCAGGGUCAUUAGUGAUGCAAGCAUUACCCAUGGUAUAUCUGGUGGGAAGAAGGGGUGUAUCGAGUUCACACGAGGUCAGACGUCAGCCGUCAAAAAAGCCAAGAACGGCAAUCUCUGUGUGAUGGUGGCUCAGUGAAAUCCAAGCACCUGCCAAAGUUAUCUAUACUUCUGAUAUCCAGAUAUCUAAACUUCUGAUAUCCAGAUAUCUGACAUACCUCAACCAUCUUCAAAAGAAUCCAUUAUAUAACAUCUACACCUGUGUGUCCCAGUACCGUCUGCUACAGGAAUCUGCAGGAGGACUCAUUUUUCAUAAAUGUCAAUUUUUGUUGCUGUAUUUUUCCCACAUCCUUUCUGUACUUUAGUGAACAAGAAUCCAUGAUGAAAUGUGGCCAGCUGAUGAGGACUGUGUCCACAACAUUUCUAUAUCCUGCCUGUGUUCAGUCAGUAGACCUAUAGUUAUACUGCCAUUGUAGAACUGUACAUGCUUACUUUAUAACCCAUAUUGACUCUUUUGUGAUAUUGUCUCAUUUGUUAAUACAUCAUUUAAUGUGUCUAGGAAAUUAAUGCUGGUGCUUGAUUUCUAAUUGUAAUGUGUGCUCCAGAAGUUAACCUAGAUAAGAUUUUGUUAUAUGAUGCCAUAAAUUUUGUGUUUGGGGAUAUGCAUUGGGGUCACUUAUACAUUUGCCAUUAUAUUGCACUUGUUUAACUUGUAGCAUAUUGUAUACAUCAUUUCUAUUUAUAUAUAUACAUCCUAUACUAUAUUGUGCCUAUUGCUAAGUCGUGAUAUGUUGCAAGAUUUGCCCUCCAUUUUUUGCUGGUUUGCAAAUCCUAUAGAAACAUUUAUUGUUGUUAUUUGUUAAAUUAUUGUAUAAUUCAAUCUAAUUAAAUGUUUAUUUUCUCCUAA